GUCUUGCCUACCAAGACUCUCACCCCUCAAGAGAAAUCACUGAGUCCCMUGCAGUGGUGCAGACGUGUUCUCGAUCAUCCAAGUCCUGAGAUAGAGGCUGCAAAGCGUUCUCUAUGCUUUAGACUGGAACAAGGUUAUACUUCUCGAAGUUCCCCAUUGAGUCCACAGUCAUCAAUAGACAGUGAACUGAGCACCUCGGAGCUGGAGGAUGAUUCCAUCUCCAUGGGAUACAAACUGCAGGACCUCACUGAUGUUCAGAUCAUGGCUCGUCUCCAAGAAGAGAGCCUAAGACAAGAUUAUGCUUCUACUUCAGCAUCUGUAUCAAGACACAGUUCAAGUGUAUCUCUGCAUUCAGGAAAGAAAGCGACCUGCAGCGAUCAGGACUAUGACCGCUAUAGUCUUGAGGAUGAGGAAGAGUUUGACCACCUUCCACCUCCACAGCCUCGACUCAYUCGCUGCUCCCCUUUCCAAAGAGGAAUUCCGCACUCACAGACUUUUUCCAGUAUUCGGGACUGCAGGAGAAGCCCUACUUCCCAGCACUUCCCUUCUAAUAAUUAUCAGCAGCCGUACUAUCCUCCUCCAGCCCAAACUCCAGAGCAGCAACCAAAUAGGAUUAAUGGAGAUAAGCUCCGAAGAAGUAUGCCCAACCUGGCUCGCAUGCCCAGCACCCCCACCAUCCACAGCACUGCCAGCUUCGCUGCCUCUCCGGCCACUGUGAGGAACAGUCAGAGCUUUGACUCCAGCYUGCACGGAGCUGCGAAUGGAGUUGCACGGAUGCAGUCAUGCAUUCCCUCGCCAGGACAGCUGCAGCACCGCGUUCACAGUGUGGGACAUUUUCCAGUGUCUACCAGACAGCCUCUCAAAGCUACUGCCUACGUAAGCCCAACCGUGCAAGGCAGUAGCAGCAUUCCCGUGUCUAACAGCUCGCAGUUGUACUCCAACACUGGAAUCCCAAUGCCAAACAAAACUGCCAACCAAGGGAUCUUAGGGCGCAGUGCUCUUCCGCGACCAUCGCUGGCCAUCAAUAGCAGUGGCAUCCCCAGAAGUAAAAUUGCACAGCCGGUUCGAAGUUUUCUCCAGCCUCCCAAACCUCUUUCAUCACUUAGCACGAUGCGGGAUGGGAAUUGGAGAGACGGCUGCUAUUGAUGAAGAAUAACCCAAGAAGACUGGAAGAAAAAUAAUGUGGAUUUCAUUACCCAGCUGGCUGGGUAGCAACGGUUUGGGAAGGGAGGGUCAUACGCUCUUGUUUCCCCUGAGAGUUUAAUAUUUAAACAUCCAUAAUGCAAAGUCAUUUUUUUAGAAAAGGAACCUUUUAUUAAAUACUAAAUAUUGCACUUAAUCAGUUACCUGAAGAGCUGCGYUGUUACCAGCCUAACAAUGGCAGCAUGAGCAUUUAGAACUGAAGGGAAUAUUACAYGUGUGCAAAGUACCAGACUGCUUCCUUUGAAACAACACUAGAAGACAGCCCUAUUCUGAGCAGCUUUGCCAAACUGAAAAUAUAAGAUAAWUUUUCAGUGUAAAAGAAUCAUGUGUUUUAUCUUGAAUUGGGGGGGACUAUGUAUGUGCUUGAAUUUUUUUUUUAGUGUUUCCAAUACAUUUUAUUUUGUAUACUUACAUUCAUUUAAACUUGCCUGAACAUUGAAAACAGAGAGAUAAUUUAACUUUUCUGUGCCAUAAAUAAUAUUUUUGGGGUAAUGUACUUUUUUAGCACUAGGAACAUAUCUUACAAAAAUAUACCAUUGGCAAUAGAGAGCCGUGUAUUUAUGUUGCAGAAGCACAAAAAAAAAGGUAGCAUUCACUGGAAAUUGCCAUACAGCUGGGUCAGCGUGGUUUUGUUGGUCUUUCACUAUUUGUUCAAUUGUUAAUUUAUUGUCAUAGUGUUUUGUAUUUAAAAAGGCAGCAUCAGUCACACUGCACUUACCAAGAUACCGUGAUCUCUAAAACUACAAUUGGUUUUCAGUACUUUAUUACCAAGAAUAAAAUUCUAAUGUUUUAUUAACAAUUACUUAUAGGAAAUGAAUGAGUUUUAAUGUGAAUAAAUCUUUUUGAUA